UAUGCGAGAGGAUUUUUCCCGCUCACCUUAAGAAGCGCACACGUCAUUCUUUUUCUUGUGGCUUGUGCUGGUUAUUUCCAUUUGUUCUGCCGCUUCUGAUCUGCCGCUCGGUGGGUGUUCUGCUUCUUUCAGAGCUGCGGUCGGAUCUUGGCUUGGUCAUCCGCAACUUCUUUGGAGAUUCGCCGGUGUGA